AAAGAUGCUGUCAUCAAGUAUGGUACAAAUUUUCGUAAAAUAUCAGCUGCAUUAAUGCCUAAUAGAUCCACUGUUCAGCUUCAUGAUCGUUAUCAAACACUAACUAUCAAUCAAAUUGAAAACUGGAAUUUAUGGACAUUUGAAGAAGACACAAAAUUACUUAAUCUUUUUGAGAAUAUUGGUCCAAAUUGGUCUAUGAUAGCUAAACAAUUUUCAUGUAAAAAUAGAACUCAAUUAAGACAUAGAUAUAAAGCUUUACAAAAAUAUAUUAAAAGAGGUGUCUCCUUAUUUGAAUUACAUAAACAUCAUUUUUAUGAAGAAAAUGAAAAAGAAAAAGAACAAAAAAAAGAAGAGUCUUUUAAGGAUAUUUUUAAAUCUAGUAAUAAUAUUGAUAGUAAUGAUUAUGACAAUGAUUUGGAUAAAAAAUUAAUUGAAUAUUUUCAUACAAGGCAUAAAAUAGAAAAAUUGAUACAUAAAUGCAAAUUUCGUAAUAUGGAGAAAUUGCAAUAUAAUACAACAAAUUUAUAUAAUAUUUUACAAGUAUUAAAUGCCAAACUUUAUAUACCAAAUGAUAUCAGUGACAUAAAAUUAAAUGAUAGGGAUCAAGAACUAUUAUAUUCAUUAAGAGAUUUUAUAAAAUUAAAAAAUGAUAAAAAAAAGUACUUUGAAACGAUAAACAAAUAUAUAUCACGCAUGUUUGGUAUGAAUGAAACUAAAGAUUCACAUUUUGUACCUCCACCCCCUUUUGAUUCACAGAUAAAAUUAAAAAAAUCAAAAAAAAGUCAAUGUAUUGAUUAUAAUUUAAAUGCGAAAAAUAAUUUUUUGCUUGAAAAACCUACAAAUUUUAAUACUCCAGAUAUUGUAAUUUCCUAUAUUGGUGGCAAUGAAGAGGAAUUACAAUUUCAAAAACUUAGUCGUUUAUUUGAAAUUAAUAAUGCAAGAUAUGAACAAAUAUUUAAAACUCAAAACUGUUCUAAAUUUCCAACAAAAAUGCUGUUACAAGGACAUACUAAUAAUGAUAGUGAUAAAAAGAAUUCAACAAAUGAUAGAUUAUCAGAAAAAGUGGAAUCAAUUACUCUUUUUGACAUUGAUACAUCUCUUGAAAAUAAUAAUGUAAAAACAUGAUACAUCUAUGAUAUAUGCUAGUCAUGCAACUUUAUCAAGUUUCAAAAAUUUAAUGUAUUUGAAACGAUUAAAUGAAAAAUAUAAUCCUAAUAGAUUUUUUAUACAAU